UUGGUGUAAAUUCAAAUAUAUAGAGGAACACCAGCUGUCAGGAGGAGGUCACAUGCUGCUGUCGUCACGGUGACAGCCCUGGCAGAUACCUGAGUUGGGCUCUGGCAUGGAAAAGGAGGCAGAGGAGGAGGAGGAGCAGACAAACGGCACACAGCAAAGCACCUGUGGAGCACAGACACAUUUUCAUUUACCAUCAUGCCUAGAAAAGCUGACCUGGAAGACGUCGGGAUAGAAAUGGACGAAGAGUUGAGUGACAGCGACGACGGCGCCACCCAGAGGAGAACAAACAGAAGGCAGGCAGGUGGAAGGGGAGGUGCAAAGGGAAGAGGGCGGGGCAAAAAGCCAGCCAGUGAGGAGGAGGAGGACGAUGAAGAAGAUGAAGCUCCUUCGCGUGGACGCAGAGGUGCAAACAAGAAGAAGCCUGCGAAGAAACGUGGUGGUGGUGGUGAUGAUGAGGAUGAGAGCGAGGACGAAGCUCCCAAGAGGAAACAACGCGGAGGAGCCGCCAACAAGAGGAGAGGAGGCAAAGCUCAGGGCAGUGACAAGGAGGACAGCGACGACGGGAAGGGGAAGAAGAAGGGAGGAGGGAAGAAAGGAGGGAAGAAGGAGGAGGACAAGAAGGGGAAGAAGGGGGACGGCAAGGGGAAGGACGCGGACGACGUCAAGGACAAGAAGAAGAAGAAGAAAAAGAAGGGGGACAGUUCAUCAGAUUCCAGCUCAGACUCUGAUGAGGAGGACUCCAUGUCAGAGGGUGAGAUGGCCCGGCUGAUGGAGGAGGUGGAGGAAAAGAAGAAGCUGAUCGGCACCAUCAGGAAUAAGCCGUGGAGGAUGAAGCGGAGGCUCGUACAGUUGAGGGAGGCUCAACAAUUUGUGGAUAAAUUCGAAGGUGCGUUGGGCAAAGGAAAAGGCAGGAAGUGGUACGCUUACAAAGUGAUGAUGACAAAGAAAUGGAUCAAGUUUCAAAGGGAUUUUGAGAAUUUCAGAACAGCCUGUAUCCCCUGGGAGAGGAAGAUCAAAGAAGUGGAGAGUCACUUUGGGUCUUCUGUGGCGUCUUACUUUAUCUUCCUGCGCUGGAUGUAUGGCAUGAACCUCGUCCUCUUUGGGUUCACGUUUGGACUGGUGGUCAUUCCUGAGGUUCUCAUGGGACUUCCCUACGGGUCCAUUCCCAGGAAAACUGUCCCCAGAGCAGAGCAGCCCACUGCUCAGGACUACUCUGUCCUCAUGGACUUCAACGGCUACUGCAAAUAUUCUGUCCUGUUCUACGGAUACUACAACAACCAGAGGACCAUUGGUGUGCUGAAGUUCAGACUGCCUCUGUCCUACCUCAUGGUCGGGAUUGGCACAUUUGGCUAUAGCCUGAUGGUCGUGAUCCGCACGAUGGCCAAGAACUCUGACGUUGGUGGUGGAGAUGGAGGGGAAGGAGAGUUCACGUUUGCCUGGAAGAUGUUCACCAGCUGGGAUUACCUCAUUGGCAACUCGGAGACUGCUGACAACAAAUACGCCUCCAUCACCACCAGCUUCAAGGAGUCCAUCGUGGAUGAGCAAGAGAACCAGAAGGAUGAGAACAUUCACCUGCGCAGGUUCCUCAGAGUCCUGGCUAACUUCCUGAUCACCUGCAGCCUCGGUGGCAGCGGGUACCUCAUCUACUUUGUGGUGAAAAGGUCUCAGGGUUUUUCUUCAAGGGACGACCUCAGCUGGUACGAGAAGAACGAGUUGGAGCUCAUCAUGUCUCUGCUGGGUCUCGUGUGUCCUCCUCUGUUUGAGACCAUCGCUGAGCUGGAGGACUACCAUCCUCGGAUUGCACUCAAAUGGCAACUGGGACGCAUCUUUGCCCUCUUCCUGGGAAACCUCUACACUUUCCUGUUUGCCCUGUUUGAUGAAGUCAACACCAAGCUGGAAGAAGAGCAGGCCAUUCAGAAUGCAUCUAUCUGGGCCAUGAAGGAGUACUACGCCAACUACACACGCCUGCUCAAUGACUCCGAGUCCACCCCACCACCCAUGGACCCUUCUGAUGUCAUCAGAGGACCCUGCUGGGAAACUGCUGUUGGCGUUGAGUUUGUGAAGCUGACAGUGUCAGACAUCCAGGUGACCUACCUGACCAUCCUGAUUGGUGACUUUGCCAGAGCUGUCAUUGUACGCUUCUUGAACUACUGCUGGUGCUGGGACCUGGAGGCUGGAUUUCCCUCAUAUGGAGAGUUCGACAUCAGUGGAAAUGUACUGGGAUUAGUCUUCAACCAAGGGAUGAUCUGGAUGGGUGCGUUUUAUGCUCCUGGGCUGGUCGGCAUCAACGUGCUCCGCCUCCUCAGCUCCAUGUACUACCAGUGCUGGGCCGUCAUGGCAACCAACGUCCCCCAUGAGAGAGUCUUCAAGGCCUCCAAGUCCAACAACUUCUACAUGGGUCUGCUGCUCCUCAUCCUCUUCCUCAGCCUGUUACCGGUCGUCUACACCAUCAUGACGCUGCCGCCUUCCUUUGACUGCGGACCCUUCAGUGGGAAGGUGAAGAUGUUUGAUGUCAUCAUGGAGACAAUGGACCUGGACCUGCCGGCCUUCAUGGGGACGCUCUUCAGCUACGCUGCCAACCCGGGACUCAUCAUACCAGCAGUUUUACUUAUGGUACUGGCCAUUUACUAUCUGAACUCUGUGUCUGAGGCCUACAAGAACUCUAACUUGGAGCUGAUGAAGAAGAUGCAGAUGGCGAGGGAUGAAGAGAAGAAUCGGAGGAACAACAUGGAUAGCACCAAUCAGGUCAUGAAGGACCUGGAGGACCUGAUGCCAAACCAGUCCCUGGCCCCUCCCGCUCCUCCACCAGAGCCUGAAAAAACACCAGAGCCAGAAACAAAGCCAGUGAAGACGAAGCCCGGUAAAGGCGUGAACCUGCAGAAAGAUGUGGCUCUGGCUUCACCCAACCCCGGCGCCCAAAGACCAGUGAGUCGGCCUCCAGGUCCGAGAGGGCAGGGACCGGGUGCAGGACCGGGGCGAGGCCGGGGUAGAGGGGCCCCUCCAAGAUAACGGUCUGAGAAAAAAAAA